UAUAGAUAAGUAUGAUAAAGAUACAAAUAACCUUGACUGAUUUAUAAUAAUAGUUUUUAAAAAUACAAUAAGCAAAAGUAAACAAUGAAUUUAUGAUAAAACUGUGAUAUGUUUAAUGACAUAAACAUAAUAAGGAAAUCGGAUUCAUUUACGCCUGUUACACAAUUUAUAUGAAAAAAUAUAGAAAUAAGUGCAAAUAUUGCAGUUAGUCAUUUUGUUGCUACAUUAGAUUUUUCCCAGUGCAAAUAGCAAACCGUGUUGAUCAUUAUUUUAUCAAAUAGUAUUGAUAAAUACCGCAGCAGUCCUUAUCUCGUUUAGUUGAAAUGUGCCAGCCACUAUGAAUAAUUAGAUAUUUCCCCUAUAAUAAUAAAAAGAUGAAUAGUUACAACAGGAUAAACGGUUAUGAAUCUAUUGAAAUUCAUAACUUGCAAGAGGUAUAUAACGAAAGCUGUGAUGCAGUAAAAUUUAAAAUAUGGGGUUUGCGAGAAGACAGGACCAGAAACUUUCUAUACCACUUUGGAUGUGUGAUACUACUUGGUAUACCGUAUUUACUGUUUUGCUUUUAUCCCAAACUGAAGAGUGUGAAGUUUAAGAAAGCUCCUUUGGAAAGUGCUACAAUAUUGCUAAUAACAGACAAUUUUGGGGUAUCUGAGUAUGUUACAGUCCAAAAUGAGAUAAUAUCACUUCCAAAUGUGACUGAGCUUAGGUAUUUUUUAUAUCAGCAUACCAAAUAUAUUUGGCAUUGCGAAACCAAAUCUUUUGUAACACUCCAAGUUUUCAUGCCAGCAAAGACUGUUGAUGAAUAUUUAAAUGACACAAAUGGGUUAACCUAUGAAGAAUACAUGAGCAGCUUAGACUUGUAUGGAAAAAAUAAAAUUGAAGUAGAAAUAAAAUCCUACUCGACUCUGUUUAUCGAAGAAGUACUAAAUCCAUUUUACAUAUUUCAAGUUUUUUCUGUGGUGCUUUGGUUAUGCGAUGAUUAUUUACUAUAUGCCUUCUGUGUCGUCGCUUUAACGAUAUACUCCAGUGUUACAUCUUUAUUACAGACACGCAGGCAAAGCGAAGCCAUCCGUGAUUUGGUAGAGUCUUCCAAAUGCCAUGAAGUAUCAGUAUUACGUAGAUAUAAUGUAAAUGAUGUAAGUGUAAACGAUAUGAUUAUAGAUCCUGAGGAUCUUGUUCCUGGAGAUCUUAUUGUUCUUCGUUCCUCAAAGUAUACAAUGCCCUGUGAUGCCGUCCUUCUUACAGGCGAGUGUAUCGUUAAUGAAAGCGUCUUAACAGGUGAAAGUGUUCCAGAAACGAAAACAGCUCUACAUUCCGGAACAGAAACGUAUGAUGUAGACGAGCACAAGCGCCAUACUCUCUUCUCUGGCACAACCGUCAUCCAGACUCGUUAUUACAACAGCGAACAUGUUCUAGCAAGAGUCGUACGGACUGGUUUCGAUACGACGAAGGGAUUACUUGUCAAAAGCAUUCUUUUUCCGGUACCAGUCGAUCUCAAAUUUUACAGGGACAGUAUGAAGUUCGUUUUGGUGCUAUUUUCCGUGGCGAUGAUUGGGAUGACGUAUUGUUUGUAUUUAUAUAUUUCUAGGCAUGCACCAUUGAAAGAUAUUAUUAUAAGAACUUUAGAUAUAAUAACGAUCGUAGUACCGCCAGCGUUACCAGCCGCGAUAGCUGUCGGCAUUGGCUACAGUCAGAAUCGCCUGAAGAAAACUGGAAUUUUUUGCAUAAGUCCGGCCAGAAUAAAUGUUUGUGGAAAAAUCAAAAUUGCUUGUUUUGACAAAACAGGUACUUUAACCCACGAUGGUUUGGAGAUGAAUUGUGUGAUACCUUGCACAGAAGCUGCAUUUUCCGAUCCAGUAAGCGAUGUUCGUCAAUUAGAUGUAGAGGCAAAACUUGUUCAAAUAAUGGCUACUUGCCAUUCUUUGACAAGAGUCGAAGGUGUAUUAAACGGUGAUCCUUUAGAAUUAAGCAUGUUUGAGUUUACAAAGUGGGAAUUAGAGGAACUUGGAAUGACAGAAACCGCACGUUACGAUAUGUUAGCUCCAACUGUAGUGGGGCCCACAUUAAACCAUAAUUUAAAUCCUUUAGAUAUUAAUAAAACUGAGCUACCUUACGAAAUAGCACUUUUAAGGACGUUUACCUUUUCUUCCACGUUUCAAUGUAUGUCUGUGAUAUGUCGUGAUCUACGUCAACCCAACAUGGUGGCAUUUACCAAAGGUGCUCCUGAAAAAUUGCUGAAUAUGUGCCGAGAAGAAACCAUUCCGGAGAAUUUUCUUGCGAAGUUAGCUGAGUAUACUGCUCAGGGUUACCGAGUUAUCGCUUUGGGCUAUAAGGAUUUGCCGGAAAGUUUCAAGUGGAAAGAGGCGCAGAAGGUGAAAAGGGAUAAGAUAGAAUGUGAUUUAACUUUUCUUGGAUUUUUAAUUAUGCACAAUCCUUUAAAAGAAGAAACUGCUCCUGUGAUAAAAAUACUACACAAUGCCAAUAUUAGAACAGUUAUGGUAACAGGUGACAAUAUUUUAACAGCCAUUUCAGUGGCUCAUGACUGUGGAAUGGUUAGAAAGUCAGAUAAAAUAUUUAUUCUCUCAGUGGAAACAACCAUUGGUGAUGAAAACCAGAUGGAAACUACAAGAAUCCAGUAUGAAGAGGUGGGAAGAGCUUUAGUUACCGAUUCGAUUGUUAGCAUCGAUAGAGAUCAUUACCAUAUAGCCAUCGAAGGAAAAACUUGGAGUAAACUACGAACACAUUAUCCGGACCUAAUUCCUAGUCUUUUAGUAACUGCUACUAUAUUUGCCAGAUUUAAGUCUGAUCAGAAGACCGAGUUGAUUACGUAUUUACAAAAACUGGACUAUAUAGUUUCUAUGGUCGGUGAUGGUGCUAACGAUUGUGGUGCGUUAAAGGCAGCCCAUGUUGGUGUAUCAUUAUCUCAAGCUGAAGCCAGUGUCGCAGCACCGUUUACCUCUUCAAUUCAAAACAUAUCAUGCCUAGUUCAUUUAAUGCUGGAAGGAAGAUGUGCGCUGGUGACCAGUUUUGUACAGUUUAAAUACAUGGCUCUCUACAGUCUCAUUCAAUUUUUGUCGGUAUUAAUUCUCUACAGGGCACAUUCCAUGAUUGGAGAUUCCCAGUUCCUGUUCGUUGAUUUAAUAAUUACAACUAGUUUUGCAAUAACUAUGGCAAGACAAGGUCCGUCCGGCUACUUAAGUUCCAAACGUCCAAUGAGCUCACUCGUAUCUGCCAAAAACGUGCUGCCAUUACUUUUACAAAUAGCCUUAUGUGCCUUAUUUCAAAUGGGAUCGAUUUACUACCUGUUCCAACAACGAUGGUUCAAACCAAUUCCAAGCAAUACGAUCGAACCGAUAAUAGUUUCUUGGGAGAACACAGUGGUAUUCUGUGUUUCGUGUUACCAGUAUAUUAUCUUAGCGGUGGUGUACUCCAAAGGCAGGCCGUACCGAGAAAUGCUUAUUACCAAUUCAUGGUUCCUGUUGUCGGCUGUUUUAUUGGUGAUAGCUGUAACGUGGCUCGUUGUUUAUCCCUGCGAGUAUAUUGCCGAUUUGAUGAACGUGGUCUACAUUCCACACGGAAAGAGACCGGAGAAUGAUUUCAAGUACAGUUUGUUAGCAUUUCCCGUUCUUCAUUUUAUAUUGGCGAGUCUAAUAGAGGUGGGCAUGGCAGACAGAGAAUGGUUGAAGAAAUGUAUCCAGUUUAUAAAGUGUAAAUCUAUUCCAAAAAAUCGGUACAAACUUUUACUCAGAGAACAGAAUAAUUAUUCACCUCUCAUAAAUGACACAGAACCGCUUCUUUAGAAACAACGGUUAAAAUAAUAUUUUAAAUAUUUAUAUUUUCCCCAUGACUUUAUAUUAUUAUGUUUAUUAGUUCAUUUCUCAGAAUUAUUUGAAAAAUAUAAUAGUCCUGGAUCCCGCGUACUAAAUAAAAGAUUAUUAAUAGCAAGCUGAAAAUUUGUUCAUAGAUUAACGGUGUUGAGUCGGACAAACUUUGAUGUAUGGGACACUGGAACAGGGGAAGUUUUAAUUAUUGUGGAACAUGAUAAACGUGUCAUCCGGACAAGUUUAUGAUUGUGAAAAAUAGAAGGCUGUUUUUAAGUUUAUUCGAUAGCCAAAGUUAUACAGGGUGUAACAAAAAUACAGGUCAUAAUUUAAAUCACAUAUUCUGUGACCAAAAAUAGUUCGAUUGAACCUAACUUACCUUAGUCCAAAUGAGCAUACAAAAAAAGGUAUAACCCUUUGAAGUUACAAGAUAAAAAUCGUUUUUUUCCGAUAUAUCGAAAACUAUUAGAUAUUUUUUAAUGAAAAUGGACACGUGGCAUUCUUAUGGCAGGAACAUUUUAAAAAUAAAUUAUAGUUAAAUUUCUGCACCCCAUAAAAAUAUUAUGGGGUUUUGUUCCCUUAAACCCCCCCAAACUGUUUUGUACGUUCCAAUUAAAUUAUUGUUGUGGUACCAUUAGUUAAACACAGUUUUUUAAACUUUUUUGCCUCUUAGUAUUUUUUUGAAAAGCUAGUUUUUAUCGAGAUAUUUUGAAUAUUUGUCAAAUCCACCACAUAUUUGUAUACUGUUACGUAUGAUUGUAGAGACCUGGUAAUAAUAUGAAUUUUUUUUUUAUAAAUUACAGUUUGAGGUAUAUUUUGAACCAUAUUAGAAAAGAAGCCACAUCUCGAUAAAAGGUGCCUCAUCGCAAAAAUACUAAGAGGCAAAAAAGUUUUAAAAACAUCCUGUUUAACUAAUGGUAUCGCAAUAAUAGUUUAAUUGGAACGUACACAAACAUUUGGGGGGUUUAAAGGCACAGAACCCCCAUAAAAUUUUUAUGUAAACAUAUUAAAAAAGAAGCCGCAUCUCGAUUAAAACUGGUUUAUCGAAAAAAUAUUAAGAGGGAAAAAAGUUUUAAAAACAUUGUGUUUAACUAAGGAUUAGGGCUUCCAAUCCCGCAGCCUGAGUUCAAUCUCGGUAUUUACGGAACUACGAAUUUUCAAUCCCGCGGGAUCUCGGUAUUUGCGUGAUCCCGCAUAUUGAAAGUAGUCACAUUUAUAUAAGGUAAAUAAAACAAUAAAUUAAUCAACUAACUCCACAUUUAUUUAAGUAUUACUAUUAGUAUGAGAUCAAAACUGUUUUUUCUUCACAAAAAACACUAACAAAUACUGAAAAAACAAAAAAUCUAUCUUCUUCAAAAAAUACACCAACAAAAUUUUAAAAAUCAACCAAAAACCCAUUUUCAACUGAAAAUUAAUAUAGUUUACUAAUUUAGUUGCUAUAUUACUUAGCUGUAAGUUACUAUUAUUUAGCUAAAGCUUUCAAUAGGGUUUUUCAUCGAUUGUCAUUUGUUUCGAGCUUCUGUCAUAUGUUGUAUAAUCUGUGUAUAAUAUUAAUAUGCACGGAUUAUACGACAGAAUAAGGAUAUGACAGAAGCUCGAAACAAAUGACUGCGAAUGAAAAGCCCUAUUGAAAAUGUUUGCAAAGGAAACACAACAUAUUGGAUGGUAUGAAUUAAAACGGAGUACGGAGUACUAAGAGUACGUUCUCAUGGGUAUGAGCAUAGAGUAUAAGUUUAUACUACAUUUUAUACGAAUAAAAAUAUGUCGAUGUGAUGAGUUUCUGCCCAUCCACCGUACAUAAGAGUAGAUACUACCGCGUGGAGUAUGUAUGUACUCCAAAAUUUUAAGUAUAAACUACAUUCUCAUUUUUAUUCAUACGAGCCAAUAUCUAAAUCUAAACUGUCAUCUGCCAAAUUCCUGAGAAUUUUAGACACAAUAUAGCCAGCAGCAGAAGAUGCCCUUUCGGCUUCCAUACAUCGACGGUAUUCCUUUUUAGGCUUUAUAUUAUGUAAAUGUAAGAUAUUUUCCCAUUGACUCCCCAGAUUCAUAGAGAGUCAUUUCUAUUUUAAUAAUGGACUCAAGUGUACUAGCUCGAGAUGGCGACGGGCAAACUAAAUACAUUACAUGCUGACGACAUAGUUAACUCUAACUUCUGUUGCAAUGUAAGAUCAAGAUCGGAACCCGAUGAUGGAACCUCUACAUGACAUUGUUUCUCACGUGUUUCUUACUUGAUCAGCCUAUUUGUCAUAAUUGCUCUCAGAUGAAAUUCAAAGGCUGAAGUUCAUUCCCGUUACAAAAUCAUUAAUUUCUUUUCGAAGUAAAUUUUUCGGUGGGAGAUGAAAAGUUUCAUCGUCACACGACGCUUGGUAUCUACAGGGCUUUUGGAGAUAAAUCAGUAGUGCAGUCACAUUUCUACGUCGUUGUAAAAUACGGCGCAAAGAUAAAGCUAAUUCUGAAACUAACCUUGAAUAAUUUUUUUCCAGUUUUUUGAUAAUUUUGAGCGUGGCUACAGCAGUAAUGUAAGCUUUUUUCAGUCCCGCAAAUCCCGCGGAUCCCGCGCCUGUAAUCCCGCAUCAUGCGGGAUUGGAAAAUGACGCGGGAUCUCGCAAUACCGAGAUCUCGGUAUUGCGGGAUUGGAAGCCCUACUAAGGAUACCACAAUAAUAAUUUAAUUGGAACGUACAAAAAAGUUUGGGAGGGUUUAAGGGAACAAAACCCCCAUAAAAUUUUUAUGGGAUGCACAAAUUUAACUAUAAUUUAUUUUUAAAAUGUUCCUGCCAUAAGAAUGCCACGUGUCCAUUUUCAUUAAAAUAUCUCUAAUAGUUCUCGAUAUAUCGGAAAAUAUCGAUUUUUAUCGUGUAACUUCAAAGGGCUGUAACUUUUUUUGUGUGCAUAUUUGUACUAAAGUAAGUUAGUUCAAUCGAACUAUUUUUGGUCCCAGAAUAUGUGAUUUAAUUUAUGACCUGUAUUUUUUUACACCCUGUAUAAUAUAUUAAAAAAUGUUUGUCCGACAAAAAGUUUGGGCAUUUUAACCAGUCCGACACGUAGAACAUGUCAUAUGACAGGAAUUAUGUUGGUGAUAAAUAGCAGUCUGAUUUUUGCAUGUGAGUUUAAUGAAAGGGUAACAAAUCAAUUGGAAGUUCUGUCCCUGUAAGACAAAAUUUAUGGGAAGUUUUCGUAGUCCUACAUUUGAAACCUGUAAGAUAUAGAUAGUUUCGAACGUCGGACUACGAAAUCUUCCCAUGAGUUUGGUCGGACAGAAAUUCCAAUUGAUUUUUUACCCAUUCAUUAAACUCUCAUGCAAAAAUCAGACUGCUAUUUAUCAUCAAUAUAUUUCCUGUCAUUUGACAUGUUCUACGUGUCGGACUGGUUAAGAUGCCCAACAUUUUUGUCGGACAAACAUUUUUUCUUAUAUGUAUUAUAUAACGGUGGCUAUUGAACAAACUUAAAAACAGCCUGCUAUUUUUCACAAUCAUAAACUUGUGCAGAUGACAAGUUUAUCAUGUUCCACAAUUAAAACUUCCAGUGUUCCCAUACAUCAAAGUUUGUCCGACUCAGCACCGUUAAUCUAUGAACAAAUUUUCAGCCUGAUAUUAAUAAUCUUUUAUUUGGUACGCGGGAUCCAGGACUAUAUUUGUAACCUAUAAGGUACAAUUUAUAUAACCAUUGCUCUAUUACUAGUCUUAGGCGUAAAUAUAUCUAGUUAUUGAAACUUUAAAGUAUUCCAACUUGUCCAAACCUAUAUUUUUAUAAAUAUAUAUUUUUAUAUUUAUUCUUCAUAGUAUUAUAGAUUAUAACCAGUUAUUUGUAGUUUCUAUCCGCGAUUUAAACGAACUGUAGAGGGUGCUUUAACAGAUGCCUAGCUAAUCAAGAAUGUAGAAAAACAAACCAAUUUGCCACAACCGUAGCACGGAAAACAUAUUUUAAGUGUUAACAAUUUAUGAGUGUAGCCAAGUGUUUUCUUAUUUUUAACCAUCUAUGUCAUUCAAAUUUACCAUUCUACGCUGGGGUGCAAAAUUAACCGGACACCUUAAAAAGGGUCAUUUUUUAUGUCUGGAAUUUUCUAAACCUGUUGUCUGAUUUAAGUGACUUUUUUAAUAUAUUAUAGCCUUAUUCUUUAACAUUAUCGCUGUAAUAGUAUUGUUGCUAAACAGUUAAAUUUUCAUUGUAUACCGGAUGUACCGAUCAAACUGUGUUUUUUUUCUAAAAGUUCGCAUCACCCUGUGGAACAUUCUAGCAUUUAUAAAAUACUGAAAUUAAAUUCAAACUAUAGCCUCAUGUUUUCUCAACAUAUUGUUUUUUGAUUCAUUCGCUUACAUUGGUCCAUAAAAAAGUUAGGUACUUUAACAACUAGCCAUGUUUUUAAUCAAUACAGGGUGUUUUAAAUAAGUAUGGCCAACUGUAAGGGAAAAUUCUGCAUAAAAAAUAAUGAGAGUUUGCUUUAUAAACGUUAUGUCCGCAAAUGCUUCGUUUCCGAGAUAUGGGGUGUUGAAAUUUUUAUUACAAAUUGACGAUUUAUUUAUUGCUUUAAAACCGGUCGAGAUAUGCAAAUGAAAUUUGGUCGGUUUUAAGACGUAGUUAUUGUACAUUUUUUGGCGCAAUAUUCACCAUUGGCGCGCAUACGGGUAAUAUAACCGCUCAUAUUACCCGUAUGCGCGCCAAUGGUGAAUAUUAAAUUCUUACUUGUAUGUCAAAAAAUGUACAAUAACUACGUCUUAAAACCCACCAAAUUUCAUUUGCAUAUCUCAAGCGGUUUUAAAGCAAUAAAUAAAUCGUCAGUUUGUAAGAAAAAUGUCAACAUCCUCUAUCUCAGAAACGAAGCAUUUUGCGAACAUAGGUUUAUAAAGCAAACUGUCAUUAUUCUUUCAUGUAAAACUACCCCUUGAAGUUUGCCACACUUAUUUUGAAAACACCCUGUAUUCAUGAAUUACAUCGGUAAUUGUUAAAGUACCUAACUUUUUUAUGGUCCAAUAUAAGCGAAUGAAUCAAAAAACAGAAUGUUGAGAAAACAUGAAUCUACAGUUGGGUUUUAAUUUCAGUAUUUUAUAAAUGCUAGAAUAUUCCACAGGGUGAUGCGAAGUUUGAGAAAAAAACACAGUUUCAUUGGUACACCCGGUAUCCAAUGAAAAUUCACCCGUUUAGUAACAAUAUUAUUACAGCAAUAUUGUUAACGAAUAAGGCUAUAACAUAUUUAAAAAAUCACUUAAAUCGGACAACAGGUUUAGAAAAUUCGAGACAUCAAAAAUGACCCAUUUUUAAAGUGUAUGGUUAAUUUUGCACCCCAGUGUAUAUUAUAUUCCACUGCUCACGAGUUUAAUUAAUUUUCCAGCUAAUUUCAAUAAGUUCAACAACUUUAUUCAAAUAACCGCCAUGAAUUUUUAGUUUUUUCAAUAAUGGAUUGAAGCUUAACACAGUUGAUGGUUCUCAGUAAAACGAUAAGACAACCGGAAGUGGUAACAGCUUAUGGUGAACAACUGAAGAGAACUACCAGUAUCACCUACCUUGGCUGUAAUCUAAAUGAGAACAUAAGCAAAGAAAUUUGAAUACGUAUAGAGAAGACCAGAGCUGCAUUCUUUGAGAUGAAGAAACUGUUAUGUGGAAACAAUAUUACUUUAAGACUGAAAAUUAGAUUAGUGAGAUGUUAUGUGUUCUCUACUCUUUUGUAUGGUGUCGAAGGUUGGAGUUUAAUGGAUACACUUCUCAAGAAUCUGGAAGCCUUUGAAAGGUGAAAGAAGAAGAGGAAAAAGUGGAAAAUAAAGAUAUUAAAGGUUAUCUUGUGGAUAUUUCUAAAGACGUUAUUUUUAAAUAUAUAGACGACACAGUAGGACUUUAACAAAAGGCUAAGCGUUUUUAAAUGCUGUGUUAAAUUUCUGUCUUUUAUUGCGUCUUAGUCUAGCAUUUACCAAUUCUUCAUUCAUGUCUUCCUUUAGAAACUCAUUGAGAAAAACAACACCUUUCUUUAAAGUUUGCUUUUUCACUAUUGCGACUACAAUAGAAAUUUUAAUUAAGAUCGAUAUAUUAGGUACAUAUAUAAUAAAUGCCAAACUUCUGUUUAUAAAGCUUGCUUGAAAAAAAAACGCUACAUAACAAAUGUGAACACAUGAUCAUACCAUUGUUAUUGAUUUCUUAAAUUUUAAUUAAUGAGUCAAAAAACAUUGUACAUUUUGAUCUCGAGGAAAAAUGCAUAUUUAUUGCAUCCGAACGAUAAUUACUACAUUGUGGUAAAGAACAGUAUUGUUUUCAUUUACUUUUUAACAUUAUGAUACCUUAUUAUGCCUUUUCUCAUAGUAUUUACAAUAUUCAUAACAAUUUAACUAAAUGCCAAAAUGUUUUGUUUUCCUGCAUUCUCUAAAUAAAAUUUUUGACUCGCCGUGCCUUCCUGUUCCGUUUGACAUCGCGGUUAGUGUCCAUACAGUAUUAGACCUGGAUCCCGCGUAAGAAAGAAAAGUUGAUUAAUAGCAAGCUGAAAAUUUGUUAAUAGCUUAACGGUGUCUAGUCGGACAAACUUUGAUGCACGGGAACACUGGAACAGGGGAAGUUUUAACUGUGGAGCAUGAUAAACGUGUCGUCCUGACAAGUUUAUGAUUGUGAAAAAUAGCAAGUUGUUUUUAAGUUUAUUCGAUAGCCAACGUUAUGUAAUAUAUGCGAAAAUGUUUGUCCGACAAAAAUGUUGAGCAUUUUAACGAGUCCGACACGUGGAACAUGCUUGGUUAAAAGAGGUAGACUUUUUGCACUGUAUUCCCUGUCUACCCUUAUGUCUAUGAAUACAUUUCCAUUUAAGAAAAACUGAGCCAGACACGUCAAGGUCGCCUAUAAAUCGUGCUGGUAAUCGCCUUGCAGCGAAACCAAAAACAAAAAGAAGAAGAAGAAGAAAAACUGUCACUUUUGACAAUAAUUCAUAAUAAAUUGCAAUCGUAACUUCAAAUUUAAACUAAUCGAUUUAUUUUGGCAGCAAAUUAUUUCUUGCCAUGUGACAUAUUAAUUACAUUAUUAUUUCGUUUGUAGAAAGUUGAGAAAUAUUACGUUAUACAAUUUUAGUAAUAAUUUAUUUAGGUACCCUUUUUCAAUCAAGCAAAGCAUUAUAACACGAAGAAUGAUAUUCAAUAGAACUUUCACAAUUAUCUGGCAACUGAACCUCAUUGAAUUGAUGACCAAGUAUUUUACUAACUUUGUAAAAUGUUCGAAAAUUACUCAAAAAUGUUCCGUUGAAUGGUUUCACUUUUGAUUUGGCGACUUAAAAUUUAAACUGUUGACACUCAAAAAUAGACACAAAAACACUCCAUAGUUAAUAUAAAUUUUAAUUUCCAACACACGUGGCAAACAGAAACUCAGAGACCAUGUACUUUCAAAUACUACUUUGUAUAGCACAAAGUGUCACACUGACAAAUGCAGCCUUCUAAUACAUACUUCUAAGCAUAAUGUGUCAUAUUUACGUCUAUUCUUAUAAGCACCGAAGUUUUAGACUCUUCACAUUUUUCAAUGUCGUUUACAGGGUUAAGAUUUGAGUAUGGAAAAAAAUGUAUACGUUUUUUGUAGGAAAUUUUCCGUACUUUCUGAUGCGCCUAAUUAGAAAACCCUAAGAGAUUGCUUUCACAGGUUCUUUGACAUUUUUUAUUGUCAUUUUGAGAAAAUCUAGAACAAACUCCACCCAAAAAAUAAUUGUUUUGCAAUAUAUACAUGCAUUGAUACUUACCUCACUGUUUUUGGAGUGUGCAUGUAUAUAUAUGCACAUGCAAAUAUGUGAAUAUAAAUAAUAUACAACUAAAAUAGCUUUAUCAAUAUGUGACUAAGUCAUUCUGAAAAAAUGUUUUUUAUUUAUUUCCUAAGAUUUGCCCAAACUUUUUGUCCGACAUAUAACUUUUUGCGUUACAAAAUAUAAUUUGUACAUAAAAAAAUCAAAAUUAGCUUGCUAUUUAUCACUAACAUUUUUGUCUAUAUAUUACAUGUUUAGAAUGUCCGACUAGGAAAAUUUCCCAUUCAUUUUGUCCGACAGAACUUCCAGUUGCUUUUUUAACCUUUCAUUAAACUCUCAUGCAAAAAUCAGACUGCUAUUCAUCACCAACAUAGUUCCUGUGAGGUGACAUGUUCUACGUGUCGGACUCGUUAAAAUGCCCAACCUUUUUGUCGGACAAACAUUUUUUCAUAUAUUAUAUAACGUUGGCUAUUGAAUAAACUUAAAAACAACUUGCUAUUUUUCACCAUCAUAAACUUGUCAGGACGACACGUUUAUCAUGCUCCACCGUUAAAACUUCCCCUGUUUCAGUGUUCCCGUGCAUCAAUGUUAGUCCGACUAGACACCGUUAAGCUAUUAACAAAUUGUCAGCUUGCUGUUAAUCAACUUUUUUUUCUUACGCAGGAUCCAGGUCUAUAUAAUAUUUUGAUAAUGUUGACCCUAGACAAUAAAAAAGAGAGGAUAGCGCAAGUUACAAUACCAAUUGUUGGCUCCCAUAUGUCACAUGUUAAGCACGUGUUCGAUAGGCAUCGGAGUUAGGCAGACUUGAUGCGAAACCUCAUGAACCUUGGAAACGUAUGCUUGGAAAAAAAUGAAUCCCAAAAACAUUGACUGCAUAUAGGUCUGGAUCCCGCGUACCAAAAAAAGUUGAUUAAUAGCAAGCUGAACAUUUUUUAAUAGCUUAAGGGUGUCUAGUCGGACAAACUUUGAUAUAUGGGAACACUGGAACAGGGGAAGUUUUAAUUGUGGAACAGGUUAAAAAUUUGGAACGUCAGACUACGAAAACGUCAGAUGUAUUUUGUCGGAAAGAACUUCCAAUUGAUUUGUUACCCUUUCAUUAAACUCUCAUGCAAAAAUCAGACUGCUAUUACUAACCAACAUGAUUCCUGUCACUUGACAUGUUCUUCGUGUUUCACUCAUUAAAAUGCCCAGUUGGUGAUAAACACCAGUCUGGUUUUUGCAUGAGAGUUUAAUAAAAGAGAACCAAAUCAAUUGGAAGUUCUGUCCGACAAAAUACAUUUGACGUUCCAAAUUUUUAACCUGUUCCACCAUUAAAACUUCACCUGUUCCAGUGUUCCCAUAUAUUAAAGUUUGUCCGACUACAUACCGUAAAGCUGUUAACAAAUUUUCAGCUUGCUAUUAAUCACCUUUUUUUCUUAUGGGGGAUCCAGACCUAAUAUCUUAAUUUCAUACCGAAAUGCGCGACAAGGUCGAACUUGCACGUAGCCUAAAGUACAGCUCACAAAAUUUUAUGUUCGAAAUCUGCAUUAGAUAGGAUGCGGACGGAUUAAAGCAAUAAUUGAAUAAAACUAAACAGAUAGUUUAUUUUACAUAAUGAGAAAAACAUUACAAAAAAGUUAAAAGAUGGUCUUAGAAUUUAAUAAAUAAUGUGAACCAAAAAUAUGACAAUAUGCUCAACUGCGCCACACUUGUUUAUAACUAAGAGAAAUUUAUCUACUUUUGUUAUUUAAAUCUAGAUUUUUAUUGUAUACUUACCGUGUGAUGUUCCUAAAGAGAAAUAAAAUUGAUUCUUAUAUAACAA